AUGCGUGUGGCGGCAGGACUGUAUCGCGGAGGGACAAGCCGCGGUCUCAUCUUCUCUGCCUCCGAUUUGGCCAUGUAUUCACAGCGUGCACGCGAGUAUAUUAUAUGUUCCGCGAUGGGAUCACCGGACCCUGAUCAGCGCCAAAUUGAUGGUGUUGGCGGAGGCGUCUCGUCUCUGUCUAAAGCAGCGGUUGUCUCCGUACCGUCUAGAGAUCGGCACAUGGUCAGGCUGAGCAAGAUGGGAGAAGAGUGGGCGUUCCCAGGCGUGCCAUGGGCUGACGAUGUCGCACGUGCAUGUGAUGCUGAGACUGGCUACGACGCAGUCUAUCGCUUCGGUCAGGUACCCGUCAGCGGCGGCACAGGCAUCGACUGGUCUGCCACAUGCGGCAAUAUGAUGUCGGCUGUGGCCAUACAUACAUAUAUGAAGUAUUGGCGGCAUUUCCGUCCAUUCCUUCUGCAUGUGGAUCCAGGCGCCUCCUUUACGAAACUUCCCAUGCGGAUUCUGAUGGCUAACUCAGGUGAGCGAGUGACGGUCCAUGUGCCAUUGGAGAAGAGAGGAGAGAAUGCGUGGUUUUUAUCUUCUGAAGCAGAUACCCACAUUGCUGGUGUUCCGGGGCUAGCACCGGGCAUCCUGGUUGAGACGCCGUUGCCGUCUUCACCGUGGCCUACGGGAAGGCCGCUCGAUACUCUUCGUCUUGGCGAUCAAGAUAUACGCGUUUCGAUCGUACAGGCGGGACUCCCUACUGUGUUUGUGCAUGCGGCAGAUCUUGGUGUAUCGUCCGACCAGAUCGUGCAACCCGCUCAUGCUCUUGAUACCGAUACUCAAUUGCACGAGCGAAUCGAAGCACUCCGGUACCAGGCCGCCCAAUGUGCCCCUGAUCUCCAAAGGCAGUGGAGUAUGUCUGCACCCAAGGUAUGUCUCGUGCAUCCCCGCACGGCUUACACCACGUCGGGCGGCACACAUGUCCCAGCGAAUGCUAUGGACAUACUUGUACGUGCCGUGUCUGUCGGCAAUUUCCACCGCUCUAUCAUGGCAACGGCUCUGUCGGCUCUGGCUGUCGCAUCCACUUGUCCUGAUACUGUGGUGUAUGAGGCGUAUGCAGCUGGCGGGAGCAUGCCGUGUGCGUCGUCAAAAGACCGCGCAUCGUCGCUGCUCCAUGCUUUUACGGUCGGCCAACCGGCCGGCACGGCACGUUCUAUGGUUCGAAUGAGCAAAGAAGAUCCCACUCGUACUCCGACAGCUGUGGUCAUGGAACGAACGGCGCGACGCAUCAUGCAUGGCUUUGUAGACGUGCCGCCCCACGAGUUACUGCGCUCCAAGGGGACCUAUUUUGGUCUGCCCUCGAAUAGAAAGCACUGA